UCGUAAGCGAAACACCAAAACCUCCAUUUUCUGUGGUACCUCCUAAGUGCAAUUGUUCCCAAGACGAAGAUACUGAUUCGGAUAUAUCGGAUGAUUAUUCAGACUUGGGCGAUAUCGAUUAUUACUUUAAGGACUAUGAUUGGAGUUAUGAAAGUACUGAUGUUCAUGAAUCGAAAUAA